CACGCCGUCGGGUCUCUUAGCAACCCGAUCGAACCCAGCGAACAAUUUCCGCACUCCACCUCCCUCAUGGCGGCGUCUGCCUUGGUUCUCGACCCCGUGAAGUUCCCCGCCUCUGAGCCACCGCGGAGCUUCCCUGCCUCCCGCACCGACGUCCUCUUCGCUGCUGCAUCCGACGAAGACGAUGACCUCUAUGGGCGCCUCAAGACCCUCCAGCGCCAGAUCGAGUUCAUCGACAUACAGGAAGAGUACGUCAAGGACGAGCUCAAGAACCUCAAGCGCGAACAUCUUCGCGCCCAGGAGGAGGUCAAGCGGAUCCAGUCGGUUCCCCUUGUCAUCGGCCAGUUCAUGGAGAUGGUCGAUCAGAACAAUGGUAUCGUCGGAUCCACCACCGGGUCGAAUUACUAUGUACGGAUACUUAGCACCAUCAACAGGGAGCUUCUCAAGCCGUCGGCUUCCGUAGCGCUUCACCGUCAUUCUAAUGCCCUUGUCGAUGUGCUGCCCCCUGAAGCCGAUUCGAGCAUCUCCCUCCUUAGUCAGUCGGAGAAACCAGACGUAACGUAUAACGACAUUGGGGGUUGUGACAUUCAAAAGCAGGAAAUUCGAGAAGCUGUUGAGUUGCCAUUGACACAUCAUGAGUUGUACAAACAAAUUGGUAUAGAUCCACCAAGAGGUGUACUUCUGUAUGGUCCACCUGGGACAGGAAAAACGAUGCUUGCCAAAGCUGUGGCAAACCAUACAACUGCUGCUUUUAUUCGAGUUGUCGGGUCUGAGUUUGUUCAGAAGUAUUUGGGUGAGGGACCAAGGAUGGUGCGGGAUGUUUUUCGUCUUGCUAAAGAAAAUGCACCCGCAAUUAUAUUUAUUGAUGAGGUUGAUGCUAUUGCUACAGCACGCUUUGAUGCACAAACAGGAGCUGACAGGGAAGUUCAGCGUAUCCUCAUGGAAUUAUUAAAUCAGAUGGAUGGUUUUGACCAAACAGUGAAUGUUAAAGUAAUAAUGGCGACUAACCAAGCUGACACUUUAGACCCUGCUCUUCUUCGUCCAGGUAGGCUCGAUCGUAAGAUUGAAUUUCCUUUGCCUGACAGGAGACAGAAGAGACUAGUAUUCCAAGUCUGCACGGCAAAAAUGAAUCUGGGUGAUGAAGUUGAUUUAGAAGAUUAUGUUUCCCGGCCAGAUAAAAUCAGUGCAGCUGAGAUUGCUGCCAUUUGUCAAGAAGCAGGGAUGCACGCAGUUAGAAAGAAUCGAUAUGUAAUUCUUCCCAAGGAUUUUGAGAAAGGCUACAGGGCGAAUGUUAAGAAGCCAGACACCGACUUUGACUUCUACAAAUAGAGAGGGACGUGGGGUUGCGAAUUUUUCAUGCUGCUUUUGGGUUGGCCAUUGAGCAUCGUCGGUUGCUCUAAUGUUGAUGAAACCUUGAAGAUGAACUUGGCAUUUGGAAUUGCUCUCUUGUUUGCAAACUAUGCAUUGGAAGUUUAUCUAUUUAUCAUCACACAUUUAGUUGUGCCAAUCUGUAAAAUUUAUCAUUACAUGUACCUCAAUUUGUUUAGACAUUUUAGUAAUCUGAACUUUAUUUUCUGCUA